GCCACUGUUAUUAUUGUAAUUCCUCUUGUGAAAAUGGCGUCGAGUCAGGGAGGUGUGGGAGCUGUACCGGCUCUUUCAAACCAUCACUUAUCCAACGGACCUCACUGGAACCCGGGGAUCAACCAGCAUCAGCAUCAUCUCCACACGACCAGGAGUUUAGACCGCGCUCUGGAGGAUUCCGUGUGCUCAGGAACGUUGAAUCUUAGCGGGAGGAAGCUGAGAGACUACCCUGGAUUGAGCUAUGAUCUUACUGAUACAACACAGGCAGAUCUGUCGAAGAACAGGCUCACAGAGAUCCCUCCAGAGGUGUGUCUGUUCGCCCCCCUUGAGUCUCUCAACCUCUACCACAACUGCAUCAAAUGCAUCCCUGAAGCCAUCAUCAACUUGCAGAUGCUGACCUAUCUAAACAUAAGCCGAAACCUUCUCUCAACAUUGCCAAAAUACCUGUUCAACCUCCCUCUCAAAGUGCUGGUGGUGAGCAACAACAAGCUACUGUCUGUCCCUGAGGAGAUUGGGAAGGCCAAAGAACUGAUGGAACUGGACAUCAGCUGUAAUGAGAUCCAGGUGCUGCCCCCUCAGGUGGGGAGGCUCCGUUCAUUACGGGAACUCAACAUCAGGAGGAACUGUCUUCACAUGCUGCCUGAGGAGCUGGCUGACCUGCCACUCAUCAGACUGGACUUCUCCUGCAAUAAAAUCACAGAGAUCCCUCCUGUCUACAGGAGACUCAGGCAGCUGCAGCACAUCAUCCUCGACAACAACCCUAUGCAGUCCCCACCUGCACAGAUCUGCCUGAAGGGCAAGGUGCACAUCUUUAAGUACCUGAACAUCCAGGCUUGUAGGAUGGAUAAGAAGCCUGACUCUCUGGACCUCCCUUCUCUGGGCAAACGCUGCCUUCCCCAGCCUCUCACAGACAGCAUGGAGGAUUUUUACCCCAGUAAGAACCAUGCUCCUGACUCGGGUAUCGGCAGUGACAACGGGGAUAAAAGACUGUCUGCGACAGAGCCCUCUGACGAUGACACCAUCAGCCUGCACUCUCAGGUCUCAGAGACGGCCCGCACCGAAGCCCUCUCUCUCCUCACCAAGAUGGACUCAGGCAAAGAUCAGGUACCCUUUGACUUCAUCGAGCCCAACGCAGAGGAAGAUGCUGCCCUGUCAGACGGGCAGCAGAGUGGACCCUACAUCUCAUGUAUAAAGGAAUUGGAGAAGGUUCUUAACAAGUCACACCAAAGCAAAGAUAAGGAGAACUGGAAAGAGGAGUCUGGCUCUGAAAAAGAUCAGCUAGUUGAGGAGGAUGAGGAUGAGCUGAAGGAAGUGCUGGACCUGAGGAAGAUCGCUGUCCAGCUCCUGCAGCAGGAGCAACAGAACAGACGACGGUCCUUAAUUUGUAGAGCAGAGAGUCUAAUUCAUCGAAGGAGGGUUGCCGGCCGAGCACACAGGUUCCUCAGUCACUCUGGCAGCUCCAGCAGCAAACAGAGGUCCCCCUGCCAGGCCAUCCGCAGUGCCUCUCUGGAUGAAGGGAGCAGUGGACCGUCAGUGCUGAGUGGGCAGGACCCUGACUUCACAGACGAUGACACAGCUUUCUCUGAGCCAUCCUCUUCCUGCUCUUUCGAUGGCAGUUUAAAGUCAGAGUCUGACACAGAGCCAAAAUGGCCAGAGGUUCCACCCGUACUCAACCAGAACGAGGAACGCAGGAGGAACAAGUAUCUGAGGAAAGAUUAUCUUAAGUACAAGUGCCAGAGUGCCCGAAGAAACUCCAGUGGGAAUGACGAGUGUGAGGAGGGGAUGCGGAAUGCUGAUUUCAGCAGCACCCUCACAGUGUUUGGUCUGAAGCCAAGAUCAGCAUUCUGUCGAAGCAGCCGUCAAGAGUUGUCAGACCCCAGUUUCACCAUGAGGAGGAAGAUGGAACACCUGAGAGAGGAGAUGGAGCAGAUUGGCGUCCUACGGCAGAACCUGGAGUCCAGACUAAAGGUCUUGCUGCCGGACGAUGUCGGAGCUGCUCUGAUGGAUGGCGUUGUCCUGUGCCAUCUGGCCAAUCACAUUCGUCCUCGGUCAGUGGCCAGCAUCCAUGUACCCUCCCCAGCAGUGCCAAAGCUUAGCAUGGCCAAGUGCCGCAGGAAUGUGGAGAACUUCCUGGAUGCCUGUAAGAAGCUGGGCGUGUCACAGGACAAGCUGUGUUUACCCCACCAUAUCCUAGAGGAGCGUGGGCUGGUGAAGGUGGGUGUGACCGUGCAGGCUCUACUGGAGCUGCCGGCCUCCAAGCCCACCCAGCUGUCUGCUGUCUAACAGCAGCCUGGACACUGCCUCAACCCCCCACCCAGCCCAGUCCAGCCUUCCACAACCCAGCCCUUCACCCCACAGAGGAGGGGGCUUCCAGCCUGCUCCGCUCAUCACCGGGGACCAGGGACCCCUUAGGGGGCGAGGGCUGGGGGCUGCAGGGAGUCCAUUGCCAGCUGACUGAGCCAAGAGAGGGAGGGGUUAACUAAGAUCCUCCCACCCUUCCUAUAUGAUGUCAGCUGGGACCCGCCUCCCAUCCAUUGGAUUGUUAGCUACUGUCAUGUCCUCCCCCAGGGGACCCUACUGUACUGUGUGUGUAGCGUACCAGUGUGGCUGUCUGUGUGACCUGUGUGACCUGCACAGUGUGGACUUUAUGAGAGCUGGUGAACCCAAAGCCAGAUCAGAGGUCAGACUAAGGAAUGAAUCACAGUGAAGAUGAAGACCUGUCUGUCCCCAUGGUGAUAUUGAUUGGCCCAUGCUCAGACACUUUUGAACCUAGUGGUGCGAACACUGAAUUCACUGGGUUUUCAACACUCAGUAUUGAAGACAUUGGUAGUGAAGUGAUAGCAGAUUUAAAGGCAUGUGCUCACUCUUUCACUCAGAGAACUGAACUGCAUGCUGGCCGAACCAGCCACACCACAUCACUCAAGUGGUCCUGACACCCUGACUUUUCUUUUUAGAACAAAUUAGUUUUCAAAGGGGAUAUAUUUGUAAAGAUCAUUGUGUUAUAUCACAAUAUACCUAUGAUAUCCCAGAGGUAAAGCUUGGGACAUCCUAAGUGGUGCUUUACCUCAGAGGAGCCAGCAGUAGCCAAGCACAGGUAUACACACUUCUUACAGUCUGCAUUUGAGAAUAAUUAUUGUACUACCAAUAACAGUGCCAUUCGAGGGAAGAAUGCUAAGCUUACUUUUAAAAGCAUGGUAUCCAUGAUUCCGAUUUUCUACUGCAGCACAUCUGUGGUGAAGGGAGGCUGCUCUGAGGUACUUCAGAUGUGGUAUUAGUAGCUCACCCCUGUACGGUAUACGAGAGAGCCAUGCCACUGCCAUCCCAUGCUUUGAUCAUACCACGUGUGCUUAUUUGAAUAGGACUUGUUGAAAGCACAUGGUUAUUUAGUUUGGAUAUUGUACCAUAUACACUUAUAAUGCUGAGAUUGUAUCUUUUGGUAAUUUGAUGUAGUGAAACAGUUCUCUUUUAAUGUUGACAUAUUUAUUCUUUACAUUUAUAACUCGCUCCUCUAGUUGGAUUCACAACUGCAAAACGUAAAGUAAGGAACAGAAAUAAUGAGGAAAUCCCAUAGAUCAUCGUUCAUCACUCCAGUCCUCCAGUUCCCCAACAGUACAUAUAUUUGUUGUAACCCUGGAUCAACACACUUGAUUCAAUUUGUCAACUAAUCAGCAAGCCCUCAAUGAGUUGAAUCAGGUGAUUAGUCUGGGACUACAACAAAAAUAUGUACUGUUGAGGGUACUUGAGGACUGGAGUUGGGAAACACUGCCAUAGAUGAAUCCGGACCACUGAACUAAUUUAAUCAGGAAAAUGAUUUAUCUAUUUAUGUUUUCUAUUUAUAUGCUUUGUUUGUUUGUUUUUCACCCCUGACGACCCCUUAAGUUAUGUGACAGGAGUUUGCAGCUCCAAACUGGUGAUAUUUUCCUGCUUUAAGCUUUGGUGUUUGUUCUUGGCCCCAGUUGUCUCAAAAAGUCUGAUUCAAUUAACCUCACAUUGCAGGAAAUCUGAACAAUUGUUCCAGAUGCAGUUUCACUUAAAGGAGUUUCAUUUUGUUUCUGUCAGUAAAUGUAGACUUAGUAUUGCACAUACUUCAAAUAUGCUUUUGUGUGGUACAGGAACAAUGGUAUUUGUGUGGUACAGGAACAAUGGUAUUUGUGUGGUACAGGAACAAUGGUAUUUGUGUGGUACAGGAACAAUGGUAUUUUUGUCUGCAAUGUCUGUUUGAUUGAAUCAGUGUUGCUCACUGAUGAAUAUUUAUACUGAACAAAAAUAUUAACACAACAUGCAACAAUGAGUUACAGUUCAUAUGAGGAAAUCAGUCAAUGGAAAUAAAUUCAUUAGGCCCUAAUCUAUGAUGCAUCUGUUGGUCACCUUAAAAAGAAAAACCUUAAAUAGAAAAAAAGUAGCAGUAUGGAUCAAAAAAACAGUUCGUAUCUGGUGUGACCACCAUUUGCCUAAUGCAGCGUGACACAUCUCCUUCACAUAAAGUUGACCAGACUGUCUAUUGUGGCCUGUGGAAUGUUGUCCCAUUUGCUGGAUAUUGGCGGGAACUGGAACACACUGUUGUAAAUGUCGAUCCAGUGCAUCCCAAAUAUGCUCAAUGGGUGACAUGUCUGGUGAGUGUGAAGGCCAUGGAAGAACUGGGACAUUUUCAGCUUCCAGGAUUUGUGUACAGAUCCUUGCGACAUGGGGCCAUUUAUUAUCAUGCUGAAACAUGAGGUGAUAGUGGCAUAUGAAUGGCACGACUAUGGGCUCUUGUCGCGGUAUCUCUAUGCAUUCAAAUGUGACCCACCACUUGGAUUCAGUCCUAUGUAGCAAAAUUUGAAAUUAUGUUUUUGACAUAGAAGUAGAGACACCGAGCUAGGAAAUGGUAUAUCAUACACAGCAGUUGAGGAACAGUGAGAAAAUUAUUCUGCUUUGAAAGUUGAUAAACUUGUAACCCCAUUUUUGAGGAAAUGGUCUGUGAAUAUUUUUGGUACACCUACUGUAGGGGUCUUCUUUGACUACAACCAUUUAGCAUCAUUAACACCCUCCUAAGCCUUAGCCCCACCCAUCUCUAUAAGGAUUCACUGUGUAGUAAACAACCAAAGAUUUCAAGACUAAAAGUGGUGAGUGUAGUAGCAAAAAGUAAUAGUAGAAAUAAACUAUCUAGUCCUUGGCCUAUAUCCUAAUCUGGCUUUGGUGCAGGUCAUGUUGUUCUUCACAUUACCAUCUCUGGUAAACCCACACAAUAUCAAAUAAAGCCUAUGUUUAUUUGUCACAUGCACAGGAUACAGAAGGUGUAAACGGUAGAGCGAAAUGGUUACAUCCAUCGUGGAGUCUUUUGUUUAGACAUGUAGCUAGCUAGCUAAACAAUAAACCAUAAUCCAAAUUAUAUUGCCGCGUUCAAAACAACUGGGAACUAAAAAACACUCAGACGGGGAAAAAUCCAGUUGAAUGGUCAUCCAACUCGGGAAUUCCAACUCUUGAACUCGGGCCUCUUUCUAGAGCUCCUGCACAGAUCAUACACGUAAUGUUAGCUAGCGAGCCAGCUAACAUUAGCUAGCGAGCCAGCUAACAGUAUGCUUUAACUUGCAUUGAAAAUGACUUUCUGACAAAAUUAGAAAUGUAUAAUAUCUGAAAAUGUAGCUAGACAUAUACCCGUAUACGUGGAUGAACGCUUCUCCCUUUGUCAUAGAUGCUAUGGUUGCGCUUAGUUUGAAGAUGUAAUCUGGAGGGAGGUGUUUUAUACAACAGCCUUCUUUCUGUGUUCUCUUUUUGGACUCCCUACGCAUUUGGCAAUCAUCUCUUUGAUUCCACUGAUUUCAAAACUCGGACAACUUCUUCCGUCACAAUUACACCCUUUCUUCCCCACCUUUGUCAUCAGAAGACUACACUGUCUGGUUCAAUGGAAAUGUUUUUACUGAAAUCAGGGAUUUCCUCAGUGUCUGAUUCAUUUUCAGAGUCAGAGAGUCAGCAUGGCACGAUCAUCCUCCAGAAAGUAGUCUAUCACAACAUUUUCCCACUGAGCUUUGUUGAUAGCGCUAUUAACUUCAGGGCAGCAAUGCUAAGAGCAGUCACAAAACCUUUUCGGUUCAUGAUAUCUUUCAAAAAAAGCAGCGGUAGACAGGAUUAUCCACACAUACUUAUAGACAGAAGCAUGCUACAUGGCAGACCAAUUCAAACUCAUCUCUCGGCAUGUCCAGCCCAUCCAUUAUCUCAGCCAAUCAUGGCUAAAGGGAAAGUUCCUGUAUUUUUCUGUGGCUAAACCAACUAGGCUCGUUAUUUAAAAAAAAAAAAUGUAUUUACAGAUUGCAUACAAGUGGGUUAUUAAGGCAAAUGAAUGUUCCAGAAGGCAUUUCUGACAACAACAAAAAAACAUUUUAGAUUUUUUUGUAAAUCCCUCACAUGUGAAGUAGUGAUGUGUGACAAGACAUAGUUUCUUGAAACGGGCCACAAAUUGCCAUCAAUAAAAUGCAAUUGUCCGUAUCUUAUGCCUGCCCAUAGCCUAACCCAUCCGCCACCAUGGGGCACUCUGUUCACAAUGUCAGCAAACCGCUUGCCCACACGACGCCAUACACAUGGUCUGCGGUUGGACGUACUGCCAAAUUCUCUAAAACAACAUUGGAGGUGACUUAUGGUAGAGAAAUGAACAUUAAAUUCUCUGGCAAGAGCUCUGGUGCACGCUCCCUCAAAAUUGAGACAUCUGUGGCAUUGUGUUGUGUGACAAAACUGCACAUUUUAGAGUUUCCUUUUAUUGUCCCCAGCACAAGGUGCAUCUAUGUCAUUCAUGAUCCUGCUGUUUAAUCAGCUUCUUGAUAUGUCACACCUGUCAGGUGAAUGGAUUAUCUUGACAAAGGAGAAAUACUCACUAACAGGGAUGUAAACAAAUGUGUGCCCACUAUUGGAGAGAAAUAAGCUUUUUGUGCGUAUGGAACAUUUUCUGUGAUCUUUUAUUUCAGCUGAUGAAACAUGGGACCAACACUUUGCAUGUUGAGUUUAUAUUUGUGUUCAGUGUACUUAUGACACCUUCAAAUGAGGGGACUAGAUGCAUAAAGUACUUUGCAUUUCUAAACGGUAAAACCGAUAUGUAUGAAAAUACUUUCAAAUAAAAGGUGAAAUGAUUUAAUGUUGCCUCAUAUGAUCCAUUUUUAUCUCCAAUCCAAAAUGCUUCAGUAUAGAGCCAAAUUAUAGAUUUGAGCUUCACUGCAUUUAUAUUUGUGUUCCUCAUACACAAACACACCUGCUCCAGUUUAUGUUGCUGGUGUUUCUGUUGUGUCCACUCCCGUGUGGAUGUCUGUUUUUUAUGUAACUUUGUCAGUGAAACAUAUCUCUUAUUAGUAGUGCCUGUACAACUCAUGAAUGUUAUCACUGGUUUUUAAUGUACCAAGUAUUUUACUAAUGACAUGAAGCUGGAACUAUAUAUAGUACAUUACAUGUCAAAUAUAGAACAUUGCAUUGUUUUAGUCAGCUUUGUGUCUGUCAAUUGGAACAUGCUUGGAUCAAUCAAUCACAUUUAUUUAUAAAGCCCUUUUUACAUCAGCACAAAGUGCUUCUACAGAAAUACACACUGAAAUUUGAGCUGGCCACAGAACCCUGCUCUGACAGGUUUAUGGGAAUUAAUCUCUGAUGUAUUUCAAUUUCCUUUGUACAGUUUAUGUUCUAUGAUGUGGUGAUUGGUGGUUUCUGUAAUGUAUUAAGUUUUGUUGCCUCCCCUGCUUAGAAGGCCAUUCACCUGUCUGUGACCGCCCACCAUACCCUACUGCAUUGACAUCAUCAUAACCAGAGCUGUUGAUGUCUCUGACUCAAAAACAGGUGACUGUGUUGCCAUUUUGCUAUCUCUAUUCUCAUUCCAGAAACAUGUAACAACAGCCAACCCCCUGGUCUACUGACAAGUGCCAAGAAAAUCUGGCAACACUUCAACAAGUGUUUUAUAGGCAUCAAGUAGCCAACUCAUAGUCAAUGUAAAUGUGACAAAAUGUCAAUGUGACAAAACUCUACAAGUGGUUUUUGGGAGACAACAAUCCCUUCUCUGAGCUUUUUUGAUAACAUAUCCUGACACAAGACACAAACAUGUACAAUUGUUUAUUGACAGAGCAUAUCAGCUAUUGUUCCUUAUCCUUUACAUAAAACAACUGUCAAACAAGCCUUAUACUUCUGUAAGCCUGAUAGCAAAUUAAUUGGUCAUUUUCUAGUGGUUUCCAUGUCCGAACAUUAGUACAAGCUUUGUGUCAUGGUGUACUGUAUGUGAGAUAAACCCUGCAGCUAUUUCCUGCCCCCCCCCCCCCCCCCCCCCCCCAUCCAACCACAUUACAAGGUCAGUCGGCUUUCCCAAGUCUCUCACAUCUACAUCGCUCAUGCUGUUUUAAACUUUCAAUCUUUGAUUAAAAGACCAUGAAGAAUCAUCUACACGUUAUACUGCCGAGGAAACAUUCUGAUGUAUUCUGUACAUACAAGUUUUGUAUUUUAAAGAAACUAAAUGCAUGCAAUGAUCCCAGAUGACUGAAGCUCAUAUGUAAAUAUAUAUCCUCUAUAAAUUGUGGAGUGUUUCUCUUUUUAUAUAAAGGAAAUAGAAACAUUGUUUCAAGGGCAAAGGAAAAUAAAGUGAAAUUCUUUUGAA